AUGGCGUCGACGAAACCCCGUCCAAGCGUCCAACAACGAGCUAUCCACGAAUGGAACGGCAGCUCGUCCAAGCGUUCAAUAAGGGGCUAUCCACAAAUGGAACGACCACCGAAAAAAGUCGCAGUCGAUGUGGAUUGUAUUAAUAAUUACGAGCAUAUUGCGCUCGCUCUAGCAGCGGCAGUUCCGGGAGGUGCAGCCGAUUCUGUAAGAGAGCGAUCCCGGUCGGCAAGCCUUCCGAAGCGCAACCCGUCGCACCGUGCCCGUUUGGUGAUGUGUCCCGUCAGUCUCAGACCAUAUGGGCACGCGACGGCACUGCGAUAUCACGGGACUGGGAUCGCCACAAAACGGUCAAGCUCGCGAAUGCCACCGCCGACUGCUGAGUUUCAAUUAAUGGCAGUUUCUUGGGAACGAUCGGUGGCAUUAAGCUCAAGGGUGGAGCAACCCUACACUCCGAGCCGACGCUGUCCGAUGCCCGACGCCUCUAGCCCCGUUACUCUUCGUCGUCCUUCGACAACGCCUGACCUCUUCGAUGCCCUGAUGCAACUAUGCUUUGAUUUCCUUGCGGAACGACUGGAUUUGGACAUUCUUCUGAGAGUUCUUCGACGUCCUUCGGUACCGCGACUCUCUGAGACCACCACACUUCUGGACUUCUUCGAUGUUCCCCUGGCACCACCCGAUAUGCAGCAUCACCUUAGAUGUGCUGCUUUACGGCGACUGGCCGGUGGCGAGAUUCAGUCUGUCGAAGCAUCUUUUAUGGAAAGGUGGAACGUCCGGUCGAGAGGAGCAUCCAGCACGAGGACGAGGACGACGGACAUUUUGUAG